UUUGCUCUCCCACGAAGCAGUAAGGGAAACGGUCUUGAUACUUUGAAUCUUUUUCUAACGCUAAGUUACAGGUUUCAUUUUCUUCGUUCAGUCAACCCAUGAUGGAUAGUCCUGUAAAAUGACGUGAUGAAAAGAUGUGCCCUCUUGCUUGGUUCUCCCCAUAGUAGCCUCACGGUCUGGGACCGACUCAGCGAGCUACUGGAGUAGAUGACGAAGCUCAAGAUGAGGCACAGGAUGGCGGCUCCGAAGCCGCGGCCGCCUACCCUCUCGUCAACGUGGAGGCUACUCCUUCUCGGGCAACUACACGUCGUUUCUUCACUACAACUCUCGAAAACGGUCUCGACAUCAUCCACCUCGUCAAGUGCGUCCACGACAUCGUCACGUCGGAUAGCCCCUGUCAGUGGCAGUCCGUUUUUAGUGAAUGCGCCUUUGCAGGCGAUGCCAACUGAAGCGCUGGAUGAUGAGGAUACUGAAAUGAUGGUCUCACGAGAGCGGUACUAUUAAGGCUGCAGAUACCGAGAACUCGGUAGAGUACAGACUCUAGUAUCCGAGAGUACUUUUCAGUUUUCAUAUACGGUUGGUUGCAUCCAACCUGAAAAGUAUUUUUUUGGAGAAUGCUGGAAUUAUGCAGGCGAAAGAUGGACUUUGGAGGUCUCUAAUGCUAUGCACGAAAUGCUAAGGGACCCGAGGCUUGCACUUCGAUUGGCCAGAACCCAUUGUUAUGAAGAACUAGGCAAAUAAGACCUUUUCCCCGUGGUUAUGAUCGAUAUACGUACACCGUAUUUCUAUCGAUGAAACCGUCACGAUUAAGUGUUGUACCUGAAGAUACUGUCACGAUUAAGUGCUGUACCUGAAGAUACUGUCACGAUUAAGUGUUGUACCUGAAGAUACUCCAAUUAGUUUACCCUUUCAUUCUCCAAAGAAGAUUGCUUGUCUGUCGAGGGUCGCGAUUGCAUGUGGGUCUCGCUUCAAAGUGGUGGCAUUCGAAAUGCGAAGUCGUACUGUAUGGCCUGUGACAUCGAUCGGCAGGAAGUCCCGUGCUGGAAUAAGGUAAACCUCGACUGACUGGUGAGGUGUGUCAAUGUGUACGAAAAUUUUGGUCGACAAGCAACUCUAGAGAUGCAAUGUUUAUCAAGUACCCAGACGAGUUGAAUUUAAUUGAUACAACAAACCUCGUAUUUUUUUUCUCAUACGUGGUCGUGCCAUCCCUACAAACAAUCAACCCUUCCCACAAACAAAGGGCGCGACAGUCUCUGGUGACGUUGUCGAGGAGUGUGAGAUGCGUUGUCCUCAUCAGAAGCAGAUUCGACAGCCAGAGUACGCAUGCAUCGAUGAGAGUGGCUUCCUUACACAAGCCCAAUGCUUUGAUUAUGGCUCCACACAGGUAGGUUCAUCUUGAGAGGCAUCUUAGAAGCUCCAGUAAGAAGUCUAUACUCAGGAGAAGCAUCUUCAUGGAAAUGCUUUCAUCUUUGUAGGGGAAAAGCACGAGACCAACUGGACCACUAUGCUUCUCAAGCAACAUGUUUUUAGGUACUAUUUAAGCUCUAAUUUGAGUUAGGUACGGCGUCGAAUUCGCGCUGCAUGUAUCUUUCCUACGAAGGCGGAGACGGUGCGCCAGCUUCUGCGUGUGCUCCUUGUGAGGUAGCGGGAACGGGAACAUGGGAUUGCCCUGCAACAGGGUCUGAAGGGAAGUUAUGGAUUGUUCUAUUGUGUACGAUAGGGUUGGGGUCCGACCAUGGCGAUGGCUUGUCAGCUGAAAAUAUGCCCAUCCAUGUCAUCAUGAUGCACAACAUUGCACCAGUAUCAAUAGGUUUCAUCAUUCUGCUGUAAUCUAGUCACUUCCUAACAUCUUCUAAAACCUCUCGGAAAGCUUGUUGGCUGCGACAGUAUGUGCGCAGCUCCGCCACCACCACCGCCUCCGGGUGUCGUUCCACCGCCCCCGCCACCAGAGAACCCUGGACUGCGUGGCACGUCGUUGAAACAAGCAUCUGCAGAACAUGCCAUGAUUGAUGCGCCUUUUCUUAUGGUUUGAGCAGUGCUAGUAUUUCUUCUCUACAUGAUCAUCUUUGCACGGGAAGAGAAUGUUUGCAGCGACCUCUGCCUAUUUGAUGAUGUAAAGAUUUCAAAGAACCGGACCGCUUAAGCCUCUUCAGAUGAUGUUGUAAAGAAGUGGCGUCGACAAGAACCUUAACCUUAACCUCAAGAACACCUGCCGACCUACCGACAUUUUGAUCAAAGAACUAUUGGGUUAUAAAGUGAGCAUGAAACUUCUUAGUUUAUUGGGUAAAGUGAGCAUUUAUAACUUACAGUUUAGAAAACUUCUUAGUUUAAACGCGUAUUGUGUUAAAGCAAGACCACGUCUCUACGGUCAUCAUGAACGAUGAUAACAGGGAUAAUUGCAUGCGUCUAAUCUCUCCGUCGCUCCACCGGAUCCUCCCUCUCCGCAAGAAAUUGUUGCAGCUGCAGAAGCCGCCAAAGCAGCUGCAGCGCUGGCUUCUGGUACGACACCAGCGCCACCACUGCCAUUCUAUGAACCUGUGGUGAUGUAUCGGACACCGGCGGAUUACAUGGCUAAUAUGCCAUUGCCGUAGAAGCAGAGAACAUCUAUGGCUAAAAUCAAAUAUGCCACUAGCGUGACAGAAGAUGAGGAAAUCCUAUGAUGAAGAAAUGUUUUAAUGUUAUUUUUUCCAGUUUUCCCUCAAGUUGUUAUGAACAAGUAAAGGGGCACCAUGUGGAUCGUUAAACCAGAGUAGGCAAGGGCGGCAUGAAGAAUUGACUUAGCAAGGAGAUUGACAAACCAGUGGAGUUGUAACUCCCACUUUCAUAUAUUUUUACAGAGCAGUAUGUUGUGAAUAGUUUCUUCUAUUUUCCAGAUGUUGAAGAGAAACACAAAGCCAUGAACUGAAGACGAUCAAAAACUAGGGCUUUGAACAUUGAUAGUAUUUGUAUAGGUCUAGGUUGACGGUGUGAAGUCAGUGCGCAUUAUAGAAACACUAAACUGUUGCUGUUGCAAGAUGUUGCGUUGUGAGGUGGAUUUCCUUUACUAUUUUUGCACAGAUACCAAGCGUAAACAAGUGUAAAGAUGAAGCGGGCCCCUCAUCCGAGACGAGUG